AUGGAGGCACUUGCUGCUCUUAACAUUGCGGGCAAUAUUAUGAAAUUUGUAGAUUUUUCUAGCAAGAUAAUAUCCGAAGCUCGUGCAAUCGAGAAGAACGGAGAAUCAUCAUCCAUUGCUGAUCUCCAGCGCUUCACCUUAAGCUCCACGAAGCACGCGAGGAUCAUCAGAUCCCGUCUUCAAGCUAGCAGCUACACAAGACCUCUCAGCGAGGAGAAUCAGCACCUUGUUGACUUGGCAGCGGACUGCGAACGAGCCGGACAUGAGUUUGCAGUUUGUUUGUCCACAUUUUCGACUUCUCGAACGGCAAGAAACUUCCUACACAAUCUGAAAGACAGUAUCAGAAUUCGAUGGCGACACGAGGCAAUUGUUGCCUUCGUCGAGAAGCUUGAGAGCUUUCGGGGUGCCUUGACACUUGCAGCAAUACUCGCUUUUCAAUCCAAUGUCGACGAUCGCAACGAGAAUAUCAUUCCAUAUGAAGGAACUGCAGAAUCACAUUCUGCCUCAAAUCUGGUAAUACAACGAAAACUACAGAGUUGCCUGGGUGACAUCAGCUCACUGCAUCGAUCCACGCCGCAAAACCAGACCAUUCUGAACUGGUUGAAGUUUCGACAAAUGGCUUGGAGAUACGAAGAGAUAUGCGUCGCUUAUCGAGAGACAUUUCAAUGGAUGUUCAGACUACCAGGUCUAGCAGAUGCAUGGGAUGACUUUGGAAAUUAUUUAAGCGGAGAGGGUAUCGAUGCACCCUACUUCAUCAAUGGAAAGGCUGGAAGCGGAAAAUCAACCCUUCUCAGGUUCAUUGUCGACAAUGAGCAAACAUAUAACAAGCUGGCUUUCUGGGCGCCGCAAAAUCAGCUCAUUGUGCUUCAUUUCUUCUAUUGGAAUUUGGGCACACCAUUACAGAAGCGCCGGACUGGAAUGCUCCGGUCCAUUCUUCACGAAGCACUAUCCAAGUACCCUGAGCUCAUUCCAUCAACACUUCCAGAUAUCUACAGCAACCGGAAGGAAUCUUAUGUGAACGAUGUGCCGACCUUCGAAGAGAUGAAAUGUUUGUGGAGAAAGCCUCACAAUUUCUUAAGAUAUGCAUCUUCAUUGACGGCAUAG